AUGCCGCAUGAGAAGCAAACUGUUGAGCUCAUCAAGAAGACUCAGAAGGCGUUGAUGGAAGGCGGGAAGUUGAGAUUACACAAAGUAGCCUCCAAUUCUCAAGAAGUAAUGAGUGCAUUUGAAGAAGAAGUAAGAGCCAAGGACUUGAAGUGCAUUGACUUGAGACUAGAUGAGGCACCCUUACAGAAAAGUCUAGGACUUACUUGGGACUUACAGGCGGAUUCCUUUAAGGUAGAUGUGACUAUGGAGUCCAAACCCUUCACGAAACGUGGGAUGCUGUCCACGUUAAACAGUCUCUAUGAUCCCUUUGGAUUUAUCGGUUCUGCGACACUCAGAGGAAAAAUGCUGUUUCGAAAGACCUUGGAUUUGUCAUCUGAUUGGGAUGGUCCUCUUACUGAGUUUGAGAAUGAAUGGAGAAAUUGGUGUGAUUCACUUCAAGAUUUAUCUCAUAUUAGUGUUCCUCGAUCUUACACGUCUUCAGGUUUGCAAAACUCUUCUAGAGUAGAAGUUCAUGUAUUUUGUGAUGCCUCCGAGUUGGCCAUCUCUGCGGUUGCCUAUCUAAAAGUACUGUACACGGAACAUGCAGAAACUGGAUUCUUGCUUGGAAAAUCGAAGUUGGCACCUACACAUGGACACACAGUUCCCCGCCUGGAACUUUGUGCAGCUGUACUUGCAAGUGAAAUUGCUACCAUUGUGACAGACAACUUAGACCACAAAGUGGACCAUACUCAGUUCUACUCCGACAGUCGCAUAGUGUUAGGUUACCUUUACAAUACUUCAAGAAGGUUUUAUACCUAUGUGUCUAACAGAGUACAGAAUAUACUUAAGGUUGCUCCAGCCAAUCAUUGGUCUUAUGUGCAGUCAGAAAAUAAUCCAGCAGAUAUUGGAUCAAGAUCAAUUGCUGCAAGAGAUCUCCAAGGAAGUAAGUGGAUUAAAGGACCUGACAGUCUCCUUAAGACUCAAGACUGCAAUGAAGUGUUUCCUUUAGUGGAUGCUGAGAAUGAUAGUAAUGUAAGACCACAACUAUCAAGCUUAAAGACUGUUACAAAGAAGCCAUUUGGAGUAGAACGAUUUGAUAGAUUUUCAACAUGGAACUCAUUGGUCAAUGCCUUGAGCGCACUAAGAUAUAGAAUAUUGAAGAAGCAUGGAGUUGAGAGUGAUAGAUUUUCCUCAAGUUUCCGUCGGUUUGCAGAAGUGUUCAUUGUUCGGACAAUUCAGCAGGAGACCUUUCAUCAGGAAAUAUGUCUUCAAUCUGGAAGGACCAUUUCAAAGGACAGUUCUAUUAUGAACCUCGACCUUUACCUAGAUGAUGAUUCCAUUCUGCGAGUGGGUGGACGACUGCAAGCUGCUGACAUAGAACAUAACCUUAAGAACCCCUGCAUCAUCCCUCGUUCGCACAUAGGUAGACUCCUCAUUAGCCAUCAUCAUGACUUGGUACAUCAUCAGGGAAGGCACUAUACAGAAGGAGCAGUACGAAGUGCGGGUUACUGGAUUUUCGGUUGCAAGAAGCUAGUGUCCUCUGUCAUCUUUAACUGCGUUACAUGCCGCAAGUUGCGUGGACGAUUAGAACAACAGAAAAUGGCAGACCUGCCAUCUGUCCGAGUUAGACAGUCUCCACCAUUUACCUAUGUGGGUGUUGACAUAUUUGGUCACUGGGAGAUAGUGACCCGGAAGACGCGUGGAGGAAGUGCAAAUAGCAAGCGGUGGGCUAUAAUGUUCACAUGCCUCUCUUCCAGAGCUUCCCAUAUUGAAGUGGUGGAAGAUAUGUCGUCCUCGGCCUUUAUCAAUGCCCUUCGCCGAUUCAUAUCUAUUCGGGGAAAAGUUGCAGAGUUUAGGUCUGAUAGGGGCACAAACUUUGUCGGAAGCACGGAUGCAUUGGGUAUUGAUGCUGUGAAUGUAGAGGACCAACCCCUCAGGAAGUUCUUGAGCAAAAAUGGUUGCUGUUGGAUAUUUAACACUCCAUACUCUUCCCAUAUGGGUGGUGUAUGGGAAAGAGUUAUUGGACUUGCUAGACGAAUUUUAGAUGCCAUUCUCCUGAAGCAACCUAAGCGCCAACUUACCCAUGAUGUCCUUGUAACGUUGAUGGCAGAGGUUACAGCAAUACUCAACAACCGACCAUUGGUUCCUGUUUCCACUGACCCUAGCAAUCCAUUAAUACUUACCCCGAAUAUGCUGCUAACUCAGAAGACAGAAGCUGAUCUUCCACCGUUUCAUGAACUUGAUGUAAGAGACAUGUAUGUGUCUAGCUGGAAACAGGUACAAGUCCUUGCUCAGCAGUUUUGGAAGCGCUGGCACAAUGAGUAUCUCCAACUUCUCCAGCAACGACGAAAGUGGACAGAUUCUAAGGACAAUCUACGGAUUGAUUAUGUUGUUCUUCUUCGAGAGAAAGAAGCUCAUCGCAACGAUUGGAGUAUGGGUGUUAUCAAUCGAACAUUUCCUGAUGACGACAGCAAGGUCCGCAAGAUAGAAGUUCGCACAAGCAGAGGCGGACAGCUUGUCCAUUACUACGACCAGUUACAGAAGUAGUUCUUUUAGUGCCACACCGUUAGACUUUUGUUAUUAUGAAGUGAUUUUGUAGUGACUGGCGUCAGGCGGGGAGUGUGCUGACACUUUCCGGAACAUUUUGUGCCGUUUCGGGACGGUUUCAUGUUUUAUGUUUUGUUUACGUUUAGCCAACGUCAGCCUGGUGGCUCACGACUCGGUCGUCCUAUGUAUUGCUCAAUUGCAACUUGAUUUUGUGGCCCCAUGGAUUUUUUACCCUUUAAUGUCUCGUCAUUAAAUAAACAAGUAAACUGUU